GGGGCGCGCAGGGGUUCCCAGUGCGCCUCGGUGCGUGUACCAGUAGUAUCCCAGCACCGCGUCGAGGAAGCGGCGACUGCCGCGAGGGACUGCAGCGCCACAGCUUUGGGAACCGCGAGCUAGAGCCAUCCCGGAUUGCUUUCCCGCAGCAGCCGAGAUGCGCGCGCUCACCCCCGUCGCCCUGCUCGUGGCUCUGGGCGUUGCCCUCGCCCUGGUGCACGACGCCGAGGCGCAGGGACCUCCGCGCGCCCGCGGGCUCGGUCGCCGUGCGCUGCUGUGCUACGCCGCCGCCUGGCACGCCAAAUUCAAACCCCGCGACCUCGACCCCGGGCUGUGCUCCAUGGUCAUGGUGGCGUUCGGGCGGCUGGUGGUGAGCCAGACGGGCGCCCUGGAGGAGGCCUACCCCAUGAGCGACGAGGACAACAAAGUGUCCGUGGGCGGUGUGGUCAAGGAGCUCAGGAAGCACAACUCCUCGGUUGCCGUGGGGAUGACCAUCGGCGGCUGGGCCGAGGGCUCCGAGAGGUUCUCGGUCGUUUCGGCUGACGCCAGGAAGCGGGAGGUGUUCGUCAACAGCGUGUUGAAGGCGGUUAAGUGAGUACGAAUUGUCAGGAGGAAGGGGGGG